CCAAAAAUAAACCGAGUUCUCCCUUUUGGCCUUCCCUUCGAUUAAAAAAACAACUUUUAACUUGUUUGUUCAUUACGUCAAAAACAGGAAAACCCUUCACACGAGUUUCGGGAAUUUUGACAAUCUUCUUAAUUUUCUUUUUAUUUUUUUUUUUUUUCAAAUAAAAUUGUAGUUUUUUAAACAGUCCUUUUUAAAACUCAACUUAUAUAAAAAAUUGAGAGAAAAUUAACAUCCGACUGAAAAAAGUGUCUACGUAUAUUAAAGGGUCUACUUUGCAGUUUUAACAGCAAUCAGUUUUCGUAUUUAAAACCUAAAAUUUAAGUUAAAAAACCAUGGAUCCAGCUCAAGAAUUUGAGGCUAAAAUGCUUUUGAGACAGCAACCAAUGAACGAUGUGAUAGACAGAGGUGAUUCGGUAGUUCAGAAGUUCUACCGGGGGGCUACCGUGUUCGUGACAGGCGGCUCCGGCUUCCUCGGCAAGCAGCUCGUAGAGAAACUUUUCAGGGCAUGUAAACUGAAGAAAAUGUUUCUUCUGCUGCGACCAAAGAAAGGGAAAUCGAUGCAAGAGAGAUUGGAGUACAUGCUACAAGAUUCAGCAUUUGACGUGGUGCGCGAAAAGCGUCCUCGCUUCGCAGACAAGAUUGUGCCAGUCAAUGGCGAUGUGGCUGAUGUUAGGCUUGGCCUUAGUGAUGCGGAUUGGGCCACAAUCACAGCGGAGGUGGAUAUUGUGAUUCACAUGGCAGCUACCAUACGGUUUGACGAGCCUCUGAAUGUUGCCACGCUGACUAACGUCCGCGGGACCAGAGAGACGUUGGAACUAGCCAAGAAAUGCAAGAAACUCAGGAACUACGUCUACGUCUCCACAGCAUACAGCCAGGCGACUGAGGAGAGGAUAGGCAAGGAUGUGCUGGAGCAGUUCUAUCCAUGUCCCGUGGCUCCUAACGUCAUGAUAGCCAUGGCUGAGCGGAUGGAUGUGACCAGACUUAAUGGCAUUACUCCGGAGUUGACCAAAGGAUGGCCGAACACAUAUGCCUUCACGAAAGCCAUUGCUGAGGAGAUGGUGAGGAUCUAUGCUGCCGACCUCCCCGUCUGCGUUGUCAGACCACCUAUAGUUGUAGGCGGUUACCGAGAGCCGAUGCCAGGCUGGUUAGACAUGAGCAGCGUCAUGGGACCCAGUGGGAUAUUAGUAGGAGUAGCCUUGGGAAUUCUACACGUAUUCUUCGUAGAUAUCCACAAGGGGUUAGCUCUAACACCUGUAGAUUUGGUGAACAAUGCCAUUAUAACUGCAGCCUGGGACUCCAUGGACAGAAGGAAGAUUACCAAUGACGUGCCAAUUUAUACUGUGACGGAUAAGGAAAUGUUUAUUAAGUGGGAACUCGCUCGCGACGUGAUGAACAAUUCAAGACAACUGGCCUCUGUUAAAGCAGUCUGGUACUGCUACUUGAUAGAAACAAGCAACAAACUGAAAUACUUUCUCCUGACAUGGUUAAUACAUUACAUACCCGCGUACCUGCUCGAUGGAGUCUGUGCGGUAUUGCCUUUUAGAGCCAAGGGAAUACCACCGUUUGUCUCAAUAUACACAAAAAUCGACAAACUAUCAUUCAUCUACAGAUAUUUUCUAUCCAACUCUUGGCAAUUUGGUAACGAAAACCUCAAAUCUAUGAUGGAUAGCAUGUCCGAUACCGACAAGGCAAUAUUCAAUUUUGACAUGAAGAAAGUUUCUAAGCCAGAUUUACUGAAAAUCUGGCUUAUUGGUGUAAGGAAAUAUAUUCUAAAAGAUGGCUUAAAAGGUAGUUCUGUUGCGGUAAAAAAUCAGAAGCUAUUUUACAUAGCAAAUUGCUUUAUAUUUGUGUUGUAUUUCUAUAUUUGGUGGACGCUGUUUUCUGUAUUUUGGGCGGUUUUUAAAUAUAUGUUUUGAUGUAUUUUUUGUCGUUUUAUUUGUUAAUGAUUUCUUUACUACUAUUAUAAAAAAUGGAAGGUCUCGACUCACAGCCAUUGCUGAUUUUAGAUUUAAAAACCAGAGUAAAAAUAAGAUGAGUAUAUAUGUAUUUAUGAAUAUAUAUGUAGUUUUUCAGUUGUGCCAGCACCUAUAACACAAGCUAUUAAAUAGCUUACCAUAGGGCUUAAGGCGACGAAUUGGUCAACAAUAAUUCCAUAACCGGCACGCGCAUCUAAGGCGCCAAAAGGGGUCGGAGCGUCUGAGCGGGGCGAGGAUAAC